AUGACACACCUUUGCCUCGGGCGAGUCUGGAAUGGUAGUAAAACGGCCUCCUCUUCCGGCUCACCUCACCCACGGGAAUCAGACUUUAAUCGCUUCGGCAGUCAGCCUCCGGCAGAGGCGAGAUUGAUGCUGGGGAUGCGGACAGAUUGGUUGCCAAAUCGUGAGCUCCAGCCCAAGAAUAAGGCAACGAAAUGGCGGGCCAAGGCAACGAAUUGGCUGGCCAAGGCCAGACGAUGGGGAGAGCGAGAUCGAGCUCGAAGUGUCAGAUGGUAG